AUGAACAACAUUGGUUUAUAUAUCUCCAAAGGAGUCAUGUUAGCUGUGACCUUGCUCACUCCUUUCCUUCUUUCUUUUGGACCUUUUCUCAUCAGAAGUGGGUUCGAAGGAGUAGUUCAGAUAUUUUCACGACUUUUCCCUGUUUCAAGAGGAUUAACACAUGCUUAUUGGGCACCGAACUUCUGGGCUCUCUAUAACUUCAUGGACAUGAUUAUCUAUAAGGUGUUGGUUCUACUCAAGGUAGAAGGAUUGACUCCUUCAACGUUCGCAUCAGGACUUGUUCAGGAACAUUCACAUUCCGUUCUCCCCUCCAUUACGGCUUUCAUCUCCUUGUUAUUCAUUUUUUACAGCCUAAUUCCUUUGGCUCUACUUUUCUUCCAAAAGCAAAGAGAUACAUUCGCUAUUUACUUGACGAUCUCAGCUCUUUCUUUCUUCUACUUCGGUUAUCAUGUUCAUGAGAAGGCUUUACUGUUGGUAUCCAUUCCUCUUACAAUAGUUUCAUUCACUAGACCCAAAUUCAUUCCCGUUUCUCUGUUGUUUUCAACCAUCACCUCAUUCUCUCUGUUCCCAUUGCUCUUCACUCCAUUCGAAGUAUAUUUUUACGGAAUUCAAAAAAAAAAUUGGGCAUGA